UCUGUCUUUCCUCAAGUGCCUCAGGCUUCUUCACAGCCCUUUAAACAAACUUUGCAGGCUUUUGCUGUCAGAACCUCUGCCAAAAGCUUUCUCUCACUUCAAAAAACCCAAUUUCCACACCCAACAAACCAACACAUUAAAGUUUUAAACCCAACAACAACUAAAUCAUAGGAGAAAAACAAACUUAACUUAAACCCCACCCCAUCUCUCUCUCUCUCUCUCUCUCUCUCUCUCUCUGUAGAUGGACUUCCACCUUAAGCAAUGGAAAACCCAGCAGCAGCAGGAGCAGUCAGAGGAACAACAUUCUGCAAAGAUACCAAAACUUGACCUAGAUCCCCAUCAAAACUCAGAGCAUCCAUCUGCUGGGUAUGCUCUCCCUCUGUUUGUAUCUGAACCCAACACCAAAAUCCUGUCAGCAUUUUCUGAUUCCUCACCUGCCACCUCCAGAUUUCCCAAAAUGGGAAGCUAUUUCAGCUUGUCACAGUGGCAGGAGCUGGAGCUGCAGGCUUUGAUAUUCAGGUACAUGGCGGCCGGUGCGGCUGUUCCUUCUGAGCUUCUUCAGCCAAUCAGGAAAAGCCUCCUCCGUUCUGCUCCUUAUUUCCUCCACCACCCUCUCCAACAGUUCCCUCACUUUCAACCUGCUUUGUUGCAAUCAGGGUAUUGGGGAAGAGCUGCCAUGGAUCCGGAACCGACGAGGUGCAGGAGGACAGACGGUAAGAAAUGGCGGUGCUCGAGAGAUGUGGUGGCGGGUCAGAAGUACUGUGAGCGCCAUGUGCACCGUGGCAGAAACCGUUCAAGAAAGCCUGUGGAAGUCACCACCACAACCACCACGACAACCACCGGUUGUGGCGGAGGGAGUGGCAGUAAUCUUAAUAUUGCUACCACCACCACCACCAAUACAUCAGCUAGUGGGGCUCAUUUCGCUCUCUCUGGAUCCUCAUUAUCCCCUUCAGUUGAUCUGCUUCAUCUCAACCAAAGUUCUUCAGAAUCCAAACCUGAGAACAGGAGCCUCUUCGAGUCCCACGGUGAGUUCUCUGCGAGUGCGAAAUCCGACAGCCAUGUCUUGAGGCCUUUUUUUGAUGACUGGCCGGGGAAGCUCCAAGAACUCGACAAUGCAGGAAGCAGACCUAGCUCAAUGAACUCGGCCACCAGCCUCUCCAUUUCGAUACGUGGAAAUACCUCAUCGGAUGUAUCGUUGAAAUUGUCUACUGGCAAUGGGAUCGAGCCAGGCCACCAGGACAGCCAUGCCGAGCGUGGGCAGCCACAGUUGAAUUGGCCCGCUGGGUGGGCAACAAACCAAAUGGCGUCCAUGGGAGGACCACUUGCAGAGGCCCUGCGGUCCUCUUCCAACUCCAAUUCCUCACCAACCAGCGUCUUACAUCGGUUGCCCCGUAGCUCUGCCUCCGAAACUAGCUUCAUCAGCACUUGAUUAUCCUCCGUAUCAGACAGUUCCAGCGAGCUGCUUUUAGUUGCUUGUAUAAAUCGCUCUCGUUCUUUUGCACUUCAACGGACGAGUUCUGUGCAUGUUUAACCAAAACAAAUUUGUUGCUCAUAUCUUGUAGAAGUGCAGUUGCAAUUUACUUGUCUCGGUUGAGUCUUCUGACCUUGAAAAUAAGGUGAUUUUCGAGUUGCC